GCUUGGAUUGUGCAUGACAUCGAGCACAUUCCAACGAGCCAAGAAUUCAACAUUCCAGGCUGAAAUGAACCAUAUUCUACGCCCACUCUUGGACGAAUGCGUGACGCUAUCAGUCCGCGUGCACACAUUGCCGCAAUCUGGGUUACCAACUACCACUAACGGUCAUGACGCAAUCCUCGUCAUCAUCAAUAAAUUCUCCAAAAUGGGACACUUCAUCCCGACACACACGACAGCACGCACCGAAGAAACAGCACAACUAUUCGUUCGCUACAUCAUAUCACAACAUGGCAUUCCAACCACACUCAUCUCCGACCGAGACCCCAAGUUCACCAACAAGUUCUUGAAGGAACUCAUGUCUCUACUCGGGACCAAACUCGCCAUGUCAUCCGCCUACCAUCCGCAGACAGAUGGACAGACCGAGUGCCUCAACCAAAUUUUAGAGCACCUUCUCCCCGCAGCAUGCAAAGACAAAAUCUCUAAAUGGGACUUGCAUCUGCCCGUCCUGGAGUUUGCCUACUACAACGCCACUCACGCCGCUACUGGACAGAUGCCGUUCUUCCAUUGCUACGGACUCCACCCACUCAUGCCACAAAAACCGACAGCAUCAGCUACAGUUUAACCCGCACAUGACUUCAUCACA